CAAGCGGCGGUCGUGGUUAUACUGGUAGGUAUGGACAGUCCGGAGGGACCUUCCGCAGCCCACUUCGAGCACCUAGCCUCCCUGGACACGUUUGAUUCCAAACAACAUGCUCGAAAGCAAGAUAUCCACAUGAUCCCAGAGUCGGCCAUGCUCUUGUCUCGUUUGCUGGAGCGGGAAGCGCGCAAGCAGACCGUGCUCAGGCAAAUUCGACCGUCGACGAUUCGGAAACCGAUUCGAGAGAUACCUGCCGUGUCCUGUGCAAAGCUGCUGCGAAAAGGCACGUACAAAAAGACGUUCAGGGCGCCCCCAAGCUCCAAACAUCGGUCGACUGCCUUGUCUGGUCGGGAGAGCGGAACUUCCUCGUUUCAUCAUGUUGUACAUUUGCCCAUUCGCAUGCGCUUAUGGCUUCUCUUCAACGAGCCCCAAUCCUCGUCUAUGGCACGAGCAGUGUCCAUCUCGCUGUUCGCGGCAGUGUUUGUGUCCACCAUUGUGUAUAUCCUGUCAACGAUUCCUGACUUUGACGAGGAUGCCAAGACAGCCUUGUCGAUUGUGGAGGGAGCGUGCAUGUACAUGUUUACUGCGGAUUUUGUGAGUCGGUUCUGUUGCGCUCCUAGUGUCAAGGAUUUUGGUCAAGACUUGUUCAACUGGAUCGACUUGGUGUCCAUCAUACCAUUCUACCUCGAAAUGUUCCUCGAACUGAAAGGGUCGUCGAUCGGGGUCAUUCGCAUCAUGCGCCUCAUCCGUGUCGCCAGAAUCCUAAAACUAUCGCGGUAUACGUCGUCGAUUCAAAUUUUCAUCAAGGCGUUGACGUUGAGUGCCAAGCCAUUGUUUAUGCUACUUUUCCUCAUCAUCAUGGCCAUGAUUGUGUUUUCGAGCGCCAUGUACUUUGCCGAGUUGACCGACUCACCAAAACAGUGUCGCGACCCACUCCAGUCGAAAGCGUGCCAUCCCACGCAAAACCCGGCCGCCAAUUGCUGCGAAAUGAAUCCAUUCUACAGCAUUGCCGCCACGUUUUGGUGGUGCAUCGUGUCCAUGGCUACGGUGGGGUACGGCGAUGACUACCCCGUGACCCCCGUGGGCAAGUUCAUUGCGACGUUGACCAUGAUGUCGGGCAUGCUGAUCCUGGCGUUGCCCAUCAGUGUGAUUGGGUCCAACUUCCAGCACGUGAUGAAGGAGGAAGUGCAGGACGCCAUGCAGAAGAGCCUCGACACGCUCUCGACUCUGGAAGUUGUCCAAAAGAAAGAAAUGAUUGAAAUCCUCAACGGCUUCAACAUCCUUGGCGACGGCAUCGACAUUGACCCCGAUGAGCUCAUUGCGCUCUACGAUGUACACAAGACGGGCCGACUGGAAGCCGAAGCCCUAGUGCAGUUUCGAUGGGACUUGGAAGCCCUCCAGAAACACAACUUGACGAUUGCGUUGCCUCCAAUGUUCCUCCAGAAAGAAGAACAGCAAAAGCAACGAUUGUCGUGUGCGUCGUCCAUUGCCGAGAUGCGCAAUGGACACCACGAUCCCCUCGCCAAACAGCUCGAAGCGAUGGAAGAAAUCCUCGAAAUCCGGCUACUCGAGACCGAAGUGCGUUUUGAAAACAAGCUCAACGCGCUCGUGAAACUCGUCGCCCAGAUGGAGAAGAAAAUCGCCAUCUUGCGCGAUUGAACGUCCAUCCACCAACACUUUAAAACCUCUCAAACAGUGGUCGAACAUUGAAGAUAACAUCUAACGUAGAUGGCCAAUUUAUGGUGCACUUGAAAGAGA